GAGAAAGAAAAAAACAAGAAGCACAGGCAGCGAGAAGAAGAGCUGAUCCUGAAGAUUCAUAAACUGGUGCAGAAGAGGGAUUUCCUGGUCGACGAUGCUGAGGUGGAGAGAUUAAGGGAGCGAGAGGAGGACAAGGAGAUGGCUGAGUACCUCAGACUGAAGCUGAUGCCUCUGGAGAAGAAGCUCAAAGUCACACAAAAUCCUCCAAAGCUCAAGAGACAAAUCCCAGAGCCGCCUCCCAACAAACCAUCCAUCACCAAGUCAGGAGUGGCCAUCAUUAAGGAUUGCUGUGGGGCCACCCAGUGUGCCGUCAUGUAACUGACACAGACCUCUUUAGACCUCAGACCCCCCGUUGAAAACAACACACCCACAUUACAUUGACACGCCAUGCAUCACUUCCUGUGACUCAGAGAACCUCGGUUAACUGCGUUUUGCCCUCGUAGCUGUUCAGGAAUCCGGUUAGUAAUUGAAUCAAUAGAGAUAAAGUUUCAGCGACAUAGUUUGAGUCCAGAGUUUGGGAGCUGAUCCCUAAUCAAUGCUUGAGGGUAACCUCACAAUAGGCUUCUGUUAAGUGUCCACAGUGUGUAUGAAGUAAAGGGAAAGGGAAUUGUAAAUACAAAUCUGAUAAAUGUCUUCAAUUUGGAUUAGAACGGGUCAUUCCAUCAUGUAAAAUUCCUUUAAGAUGACAAUAUGGUCUAUGAUCAGGGUCGAUAAACAGUGGAAGCAUUUACAGAACUACAAGCACAAUGUCAACAGAGUGAAGUAUUAAUGCUGGGGUUCUCCAUCUGACAGGAAAAAAAAACCCAUCCGCUAUCGUCCCGACAUGUUUGACAACAGGUAUUUAUUCUUCCAUUUUAACCCUUUAACAUCAACCAGUGAACCUUUUUCACUUUCCAGAGACCCCCAAUCUCUGCGUUUUUAAUCAUUGUUCCCAAAGGGGCGAACACAUGCAGCUCAGACAAACAGUAUGGCUGCCAGUUAAGUCACAUCCAUUCUUACUCCAUGCAUUGGCUCGUACAGCAGUUUCAUUUAUAAUCUGUGAUCCAGUAAUAUCUGCUGUACUGGAUUUUUAAGCUUUGGCAGAGGCAAAAAAAUAAAAUCACAAAUUCACUGAUGGUCAUUGAAAGUUAACACAAACUCCACUGCAACGUUGCUACAAAGUCGGGUCGGUAUUAGGUGUCCAAACGUUUGCAUUUCACAUAAAUGCGAACAUAUGACUCACUUUUGUAGCAGUGUUUGCACUGGUUCACAACCCUCUCAUUAUUUUUGGUUAACCCCUGUAUAUGCAAACAUAGUGGGGUGGUUUUUUUAUUUUUUAAAUUUUUUUAAACAUUGUCCACUCAUGUCCCCGAGUCACAUCACUGGUCAUACUAACGUCAUCUCAGCUAUCAGCUACUGGGAAAUAUUGACUGUGGUAGUAUGAAAUCAUUCGUAGUUAUUAUGGCUAUUGCUGACAAACAACUUGCAUCCUCUGAAUUUAAUCUUGCAUUUUUAUGAUAAACACCAGGAAAUGAAUAGAUGGUGUAUGUUUGAGUGUAUUUUAGGACAUUAGUGACUCCUGUCAAGCAAAAGUGUUGCUCUGUCACUUUACCUUCUUUAUUCUGAUAACGUGGUGUUCUGUAGUAGUAGUGGAUUUAU